AUGGCAAAACAAGGAAAGACGACGCAAAAUAUGGACAGUUCUACAAUCAUAAAGGGGCAGUUCACCUUAUGCAACGUUACGGACGAUCACGCCAAGUACGCUUACGUACUAUCACGCCUGGAGCCAAAGCAGGCCCGAGAAAUAAAAGACGCCAUUACCCAGCCCCCGGCAAACAGGAAGUAUGAGGCAGUAAAACAAGCGUUAGUGCAGCGCUUGACAGACUCUAAGCAGCAGCGUAUUCGACAGCUACUCGAACACGAGAAACUAGGCGACAGGAAGCCAUCGCAGUUUCUUCGUCAUUUGAUCACCCUGGCCGGCAAUACAGUCUCCGACGAUCUCCUACAAACCCUAUGGCUCGGCCGUUUGCUACCAGCAAUGCAAGCCAUCCUAGCAACCAGGACGGAAGACAAUCUAAACAGCGUGGCAGAACAAGCAGACUGGAUACACGAGGUCAACAGCAGGGCAGUCGUCGUAGCAACAACCUUGCAGCCGACAGCCGCCGUAGCAUCUACAUCCGAGUCAGGACAAAUGGAAAUCCUGACCAAACAGAUAGCCGUACUCACGCAGCAGGUGGCCAAGUUGAUGAGGCAAGCGAGAACAAGAAGCCGUUCCAGAGAUAGAUCUCGUCUAAAGCAGACAAAGCAAGGCGACAAUUGCUACUAUCACCGACGUUUUGGUGCGGAAGCCAAGAAAUGUACUCAGCUCUGCACGUACCAAAAAACGAAGAGGUUUGUCAUUGAGGGCGGCCAGUGA